UUUUAUCGAAUGUAAGAUCCCGUAUGUGAUAUGGCUGUACAAAGAAAGAUCGCUGUGGUUGGCGCUGGAGUUAUCGGACUGUCUACUGCUUUGUACAUCAAAACCAACCUUCGGCUCGACGGCAUUCCUUGCAAGAUUGAAGUCUUUUCAGAACAUACGACGCCUCACACAACAUCAGACGGUGCUGCAGGUCUCUGGGAGCCAAUUUUCGUACAGGGCACGCCCGGAGAGCAACAAAGCCGGUGGGGAGGAGAGACUUUCGAAUGGCUGCGACAUCUUCGUGUACAGGAGGACGCAGGAGAAAUGGGAGUAGCGCAAUACUCCGGAUACAACCUCUUUCACGAGUGGGUCGAGGAUCCUCCUUGGAAGGACGUUGUAAUCGGAUUUCGGUAUGCUACUGAAGCUGAACUGAAAGACGUGAAGUUUCCAAUGAGACAUGGAUGGCACUUUACCAACAUGUCAGCUCAAGCAAAUCGUUAUUGUGGAUGGCUACUCAAAAGAUGCAAACAGCAAGGCAUACAAUUUUAUCGACGGAAAGUUCUGUCUCUAUUAGAGUUCGCCGGAUGGUAUGAUGUAGUUCUUAAUUGCACUGGUCUAGGAUCACACCAACUCACCAGUGACCAUGAUCUUAUUCCACUCAAAGGUCAGAUAAUGAAGGUGUCUGCACCCUGGAUCAAAGACUUUACUCUAGUUAAUGGUCCUGACUAUGUAGCUUACAUUUUACCAUGUACUGAUUUUGUGGUACUCGGAGGAACAACUGAGAGUGGCCGGUGGGACAGUGACAUAGAAGAAUCAGUGAGCUACAAUAUAUUAGAGAACUGCAGUAAAAUAAUGGGCAGUGUUAAGAAUGCUCCUAUACUUGGACAGUGGAGUGGUUUGAGGCCAUAUAGAAAAACUGGUGUCCGGCUGGAACGGGAAAUUCUGCAAUCAAAGUCGUCUCGAGCACCUCUAGAAGUUGUUCAUAAUUAUGGUCAUGGUGGUUCUGGUAUAACUUUUCAUUGGGGAUGUGCUUGUGAAGCAACAUCGUUAGCUUACCAGGCAUUGGGACUACCAAAUUCUCAUCACCACGACCAUGACCUGUUGUAUAAAACUAUAUCUACUCCAGUUGACUCCAGCUUUUGUAAGUUGUGAGUAUUUUAGUAUCAAUUGGCUGCAGUUGGUUGCUUUUCUAUUAUUUCAUAAAAUGUUUUUGGUAUAAAGAGAACAAAUUGUGAUAGUUUUCUUGCUGGAUAGUUAGUCUCAAACCAUACCGAUCACUACAUUCUGUACCUGGAAAAUGUUCACUGAUUUCAACAAUUAAUAGAUCAGCCAAUUAUCUUCCCACAUUAACAUAUAGUACCUACUUAUCUGUCUCCAUCUGCAGAGACUCAAAUCACAGCGAAGGCUCAAUUAACUAGACUGU